GUCAGUUAGAGUCCAGCGACAGAACCGAGCGGAGUCAAAGAACUAACCCGAUCUAGUUCAACUAAACUGGUUGAACUGGUUGAACUGGUUAACCUGACCCAGCUGAUCUGGAGUCUGGAGCUACAGCCUCCCGGAGGAGACGAGCUGCCGCGGACCCGCGAUGCUGCCGCUCCGCCUCUGAAGUUUUCAAAGGAUGCAUAAAACACGCAGCCCCUCCUCCAUCCCGACAGGUGUCUCCAGAGAUGCUUUGGACCUCAGCUUGUCGGGCUCCCAGCUCUCAGUGUCCAGGAGGCCCAGCAGCGCGUCGCCUGGGAAGUGCUUCUCCCGCUCCGUGUCGGUCUCCGUGGCUGGUGACAGCCGAGGGAAACGCAACACCCUGAGUGAUGUCAGCUUCGGAAGCUCCCGCUCCAUCAAGAACCUGCGGCGCUCCAACAGCACCACGCAGGUCAACCAGCAGGCCAGCACCAGUCUCAGUCAGGAGCCGAGCGAGGACUACUUGGCUCUGUUCGACAGCAGCUUGGAGGGACGCAAGAAACGCUCCAGCCUCAGCCGGGCCUCACCAGACGGAACCACAUGGAACAUCCUGGACGACCAGCCCAGAGCUCUUCCUGUGCACUUGAGUCCUCGCAGCACCGGCAGCGUGGACUCUCCCAUCAGCCUGAAGAAGAGAGCGCCGGGCAUUGCUCUGGCCGCCAACUUCACCGCCAACAACAGGAGCAACAAGGGAGCUGUGGGGAACUCUGUCACCACCAUCUUACACAACAACUAUUCUGAGAAGCCGCUCACGCCAAAGAGCUCCAACCAGAAGCCGUCCUUUAAUAACAUCCUGAAAGCCACAGCAAACGAUGAAGUGUCCCUGGAGAACGGCUCCCUCACCAAGUCCCAGAAGAAUUUCUCCUCAACAUCUUUAAGUUCCAACAACAGAUCUCCGGUGUCGGUGCUCCACGGCAGCCCCGUCCUGCUCCGGAGGAAGGAGGUCACUGAGGAGGAGGCUGAACGGUUUAUUCAGCAGGUGAACCAGGCAGCAGUCACCAUCCAGCGCUGGUACCGAGCCAAGAGACGACACUCGAACCAGGCAGCGCUCAGACGCAUCCUCGCUGGUAAAAGAAAGGAGAGGGCGGAGGAGAGGGCGGAGGAGGACAGUCGCCUGGAGCAGCCGCAGAGACGGGACGAGGACAGGAAACGGAUCCGUGAAGAGAAAGCUCGUCUGGCUCGUCUCGCUGCCAUCCAGGAACUGCAGCAGAAACGGGCCCAGCGGGUUACAGAGGUGCAGCAAGCGGCCAAGCAGGAGCCUGAGAACCAGAGGCCGACCAGUGGAGUUGGGAGGAAGAAACCACCCAAGAUUUCUCUUACCAAUACAAGUCCAGCGGCCUCGCCGAGCAACCACAGCCCUGUGUCGCCCCCUGGUGUCAAAGCCAAAAAUACAGGCUCCAAUUUGAACAUUGUGGCUGACGCAGGUGAACUGAGCUUCAGAGCCAUUUCUCCUGCUCCGUCCAAUCCCAGGGGCUCUCAGUGUUCCCAGGAGCAGGAGGACAGAGCAGAGGAGGAUAUUUGUCCGGAGCAGCAGAACCAGGAGAACGACAGGAAACUGGUCCGUAAAGAGAAAGCUCGUCUGGCCCGGCUCGCUGCCGUGCAGGUCAUCCCGGCUGAUGAGCUGCCACAGAGAAGAACCCAGCGAGUGGCAGAGGGGGAAAGCCUGAAGCCGGUCGGUGUGAUCGGACGCAGGAAUCAGACCAACAGAAGUCCGGCCUCGCCGAGCAACCUCAGCCCGAUGUCCCCACCAGACAUCAAAACCAAGAACACAGACACCAAUUUGAAUGUGGAAACCGACAUAACAGAACUCAGCUUCAGAGCCGUUUCCCCGUCCUUCUCCAAUCGCAGAGGUUCUCAGUGUUCCCAGGAGGCUCUGCAGAGGUCUGUGAGUGUGGAGGAGCAGCGUCAGGGAGCUCCGUCCAGCAGAGCUCAGUCUAAGACGACGCUCAACGAGCUGCUGGACACUCUGAAGCUGCUGGAGGACGAGCCUGAGAGGCCGGCCCAGCCCAAGAGCUACCACAAGGAGAAGUACGCCUGGAUAGAUGAGGACGGAGACUCCAUCUCUCUGACCACUGACAACCUGGAGCGCCACAGGCAGCUGAGCCACCACCCCGCUCUGCCAGACGGGGGCGCCCUGCUCUCUGAGGCCAAGCUGCAGAGCAUCAUGAGCUUCCUGGACGAGAUGGAGAAGUCUGAGCAGGAGAGACCUCGCUCGGUCACCUCAGGAUCCCACAGAGAGGCUGUGUUGUCUGAGGAGGAGCUGGUCGCCGUCGAGCAGGCGUCGGCCCCCCCCGCCGAAGUCACCAGCCCCAUGAUGAGAAUCAAGCUGGAGCUGGAGGAGAAGAAACGCACCGUGCACAUGCUGCAGGCCGCGCUGGCCCAGCAGAGGGAGCUGACGCUGAGACUGGUGAAUGAGACGGAGAAGGAGCUGAACAGGAACCUCCAUCUCCAGAAGGAACAACACGAGGCCACCAUCCAGAGACACCUCACCUUCAUUGAUCAGCUGAUCAACGAUAAGAAGUCCCUGAGUGAGCGCUGUGAGGGAGUGGUGGGCGAGCUGAAGCUGGUGGAUCAGAAGUACACCAAGCAGAUCGCACAGAUGCAGGAGCAGCAUGAAAUGGUUUGGCAAAUUCUGGGUCCCUUGUGCCAGGAGAUCAAGAAGUUAAAGGACCUGAUGAGCACCACGGAGAAAAUACGGCGGGAGAAAUGGAUCGACGAGAAAACCAGGAAGAUUAAAGAGAUCACUGUGAAAGGUCUGGAGCCGGAGAUCCAGAAGCUGAUCUCUAAACACAAACAGGAGCUGAAGAAGCUGCGGACGCUCCACGAGUCGGAGCUGCUCCGGGCGGACGACCAGGUGGCCCAGCGCGUCCUCCGCCAGUGUGAGGAGCUCCGCCUGCAGCUGGAGAAGGAGAAGGAGGAGCAGUGCCAGAGAGAGAGGGAGCUCGCCAAGCAGAGGUAUGAGAAGCAGCUUCAGGAGGAGGAGCUGUCCCUCCAGCAGCAGAGGAGGCGUCUCUCCAAGGAGGUGUCCGACGAGAAGGAGAGGUUGGCCCAGCUGUCUGCUCGGCAGCGAGUGGAGCUGGAGGAUCUGAAGCGGCAGCUGGAGGAGAACAGUUCUCUGGCUGCACGAGUGCUCAGAGAAGAGCUGGACAAAACCCGGCAGGAGCAGGAGAGGAGGCACCAGGUGGAGAUGAAGGCAUUACAAAACCAACUGGGCAUGGACCGGCAAACCUGGGAAGGAAACUACAAGAAAAAAGAGGAGGCGUGGCUUCUGAGCCGCGAGCGCGAGCUCAAAGACGCGCUGCGACGAGAACGCGACAAAGAGAUCGAACUGGCCAUCUGCACGCUGGAGGACGAAACCAGCAAGGACAAGGAGGCGUGUGAGAGGGCAGCUGACAACAGGGUGAAGCGUUUGGGUGAGAAAUACGAGGCCGAGCUCCGGGAGCUGCAGCGCUCGGAGAGGACGGCUGUGGAGAAACAACAGGAGCUGAGGAGGCAGCAGGCGGACACGGAGGGAGAGCUGAUCCGACUGCAGGCCCUGCUCAGACAGAAAGAACAGGAGAUGGAGGACAUCACACAGACCAGGGACAAGCUGUCGGACGAGCGCCGCUGCCUGGCAGAUGUGAUCAGGCAGGAGUUCGCUGACCGGCUGGUGCAGACGGAGGAGGAGAACCGCCGGAUGAAAGUGGAGGUGUCAGAGGUCAGGGCCAGGCAGCGGGUGGAGGUGGAGAGGGUGACCAGGGAGAAGGAGGAGGAGCUGGCUGAAGUCCAUCAACGAGUGAAGUCGGCCAUCUUGAGGAAGGAGGAGACGGUCAGUAACCUUCGGAAGCAGCACGAGGCUGCUCUGAAGAGGGCGGAUCACCUGGAGGCCCUGUGGGAACAGCAGAGGAAGCAGCUGCUGGAGAAGUGACUGACAGGAGGACCAGGCUCUUACCCGUGUGGUCGUCUCCCCUCCGCUCUCAGCCUCAACCAUUGUGUCGCCCCUGCCUGAUGCUUUCUAGUUUUUAACAUGCAAGACUGAACCUGUGAAACUUCAGAGGGUUGAACAAGUGACUGAACCUUGUCCUACCUCAUAUGCAAACUAUAAAAUGGGGAAGUGCUCUGGGUUAGGGUACAGCCCCCCCCCCCCCCCCCGCCUCCCUGUCAGGCAUGAAGGAACGUUUUCUGUUAGAAUUUCCAUAAUUCAAAUUCCAUUGUCCAGGUGGAACCAGAUAGAGAUACUACAGAGGGAUUGACUCCUCGUUCUUCUUCUUCCCUGUACCGAGGAGGACUGCUGCAUUUUCUUACUGACUGAACUACUACCCCCCCCCCCCCACACCCCCACACCCCCUCUGUCUGCGGUCGGUGGGAGCAGGAACGCCUCCAUGUUCCACACAGAGCUGCCACGGAGAACAGUUCCAGAUGUUUCUGAAUCCAGCCCAGGCCUGCCCCGGUGUGAGGGGUGGGGGGGCGCUCAGCUGAGGGGACCAUGGACUCACAUAGUGUCUGCAUCACAGCUACACUAUCUACUAAUGCCUGGAACAAG